AAAGGGGUAAUAUUAGACGUAAGGAGACAUAACACUGACUUCGGUACACCUCGGUUACGUUCGAUAGUAUUCGACUCACAUGAUCACUCAUCACAUAUGCUCCGUUCUGCGGUGCGAGCCUCGGUAAAUGUUUAGGUUAGAAACUUCUGUAUGCAUUCUUUUCAUGUAUUUUGUUACAUAAUUUACAAGUAAUUACGUACGACUUUCGUAAAACGGGAAAAGUACAUCUAAAGGUGUCAGUUGGAUAUACUUAUACAAUAACUUAAAUAUUAUAUACUUAAUUAUAAAUUAAAUUAAAACAAAAAAAUUCUUCAUCCUAUUGUAUUUCGGAGCAACUCGUGAUCGUUUCGACAAUUUCUUGUGCACAAUUUGACACAUUAGUGCCAUUGGAUUAAUCGAUUUUUAAUUUUCGCGAACACAAAGCAGCUGCAAACAUUUAAUUAAUCGUAUAAUAGAAACUAGAUAACUAGAUAAAAUGGAAGAGUCAUUGAAGCAGCGCUUGGCCAUGCAGCUGUACGAUAUCCAGGUUCUGAAGUUCGGGGAGUACAAGACAAAGAUUGGUCUAAGAACACCGGUGUAUUUCGACUUGCGAAUGAUAAUAUCGUACCCAGAUGUAAUGUCCAGCCUGGCGAAAGCUCUGUGGGCGCUUAGGGACCCCGAAGAAUCCGUGAACCGGAUCUGCGGCGUCCCGUACACAGCACUGCCGUUAGCUACUUUGAUAGCAGCACACAACGAUGUCCCGAUGUUGAUGAAGAGGAAGGAAGCAAAGUCGUAUGGCACGAAGAAAAUGAUCGAGGGGGUGAUCGAGCCGCGUCACAACUGCGUGAUCAUCGAGGAUGUCGUCACAAGCGGCAGCAGUGUCCUGGAAACCGCGGACGCUCUGAGAAAGGAGGGUCUGGUCGUGACAGACGCGUUUGUGAUAAUCGACAGGGAGCAGGGCGGUAGGAAGAACCUCGAAAAUCACGGCAUCCGAGUCAGAAGCUUGUACACCAUCACGCAGAUUGUCCAGUACCUCCACGAGGCAGGUAAAAUUACAGCGGAGACUGUAAAGGAUGUGCAGGAUUACUUGGCGACGAAUCAAGCACCAGUUAUUCAUAUGCAAGGUUCCGAGCUGAACGAUAGAUUGAAGCUAUCGUACGGCGAGCGCGCGAAGAAAACGAGUAAUCCGUUGACCUCGAAGCUGCUGGAACUGAUGGAGUCGAAGCAAACGAAUCUCUGUCUGGCGGCCGACUUGACGCGGACGGAUGCGAUUCUACGCCUGGCCGACGCGGUCGGGCCUCACAUCGCCGUGCUGAAGAUCCACGUGAACAUCAUCGAGGACUUCAGCGAACGUUUCGUUACUCGGCUCAAAGAGGCAGCACGGCUGCACAACUUCCUGCUGAUGGAGGACUGCAAGUUCGGCGAUAUUGGCAACACGGUGCUGCUGCAGUACAGACACGGCUUGUACAAAAUUGCCGAAUGGGCUGAUCUGAUCACGGUGCACCUGGUGUCUGGCGCGUCCGUGGUCAACGCGUUGAGAGACGGCCUAAAGGGCAUCACGGAGCCUCGCGGCGUCUUCGUGGUCGCCGAGAUGUCAUCGCAGGGUGCGUUGACCGUCGGCGACUACAUGAAGAGCGCGGUGUCGAUAGCGGAAAAGACGUCGGACUUGGUGGUGGGUCUCGUGUGCCAGUCCAAUCUUUCCGCACGUCCCGAGAUGCUGCAGCUGACGCCGGGCGUCCACCUGUCCAGCAGCGGCGACGGCCUGGGUCAGCAGUACAACGAUCCGCAGUCGGUCAUAAAUGCGGGUGCCGAUUUAGCUGUCGUCGGCAGAGGUAUCACGGAAUCGUCCGCCGGCUGGCUGAAAGCCGCUCUGGAUUACAAGCAACCACUUUGGGAAGCGUAUGAGAAACGAGUAGGCAGACGCAAAGUGUAACGUUCCUUAAACGCACAGAAUGCGCAACAAAUUUUCUUUUUUUUUUUUUAAUUGUUGCAUUAUAUACAUAUUUUUAUAGAUAUCUUUAUGGAAGAGCAAUUUUGUUAGGAGAGCAAUUGUAAUAUAAUGUAAAUUGUAUAAAAGUAACCUGGAAAAGA